CAGUUUAAAUUUUCCUGUUUCUAAUGUGUCAGUUUGACUUUGUUGUCGUUGUUCUGUCGCUGUCACAGUAGAAGCUGUAGCUGAGUCUCACGGUGACUGUAGGCGCUCAGUCUCUGUUUGUCUCCGUCUGUGGACACACAACUGAAGUUUAACGGAAAAGUGAAAACGAAAGUGAAUCAAGUCGUCGUAACAAAAUGUGCGAGAACAGAGUGAAAGGCCGUCAGUAAAGUUGUUACAGACCUCAGACCAGAGAAGAUGAGUGAUUUGGAGGAAGAGGACAGAGCAGAGUCUCCAGGAUCCAUCUGUCUGUCUGUGAGGAGUGACUGCUCCAAAGGAAAACCUCCAGUCUUCAGUAAUGAACCUGGACCCUCAGACACAAAACUGACUGAAGUCCAGAAGAUGAGUGUUUGUGUGGAGGAAGAGGAGGACAGAGCAGAGUCUCCAGGAUCCAUCUGUCUGUCUAUGAAGAGUGACUGGUCCAAAGGAAAACCUCCAGUCUUCAGUAAUGAACCUGGACCCUCAGACACAAAAAAGAGGAAGAGGAGUGAUGUUUCUGUGGAGGAAAGAUCCAGACCAGGACCUGGACUGCAGACAGCCAGUCAGACCAGCACUGUACAAACAGAUAGUGGUCUGCAGGAGGUUUUAGAUGAACAUAAGAUCAGUCUGAGGAGAUGUGAACGUGUGACUGAAGGAACUGAUGGAACAGGAAGUAGAACCCUCCUCAACAGGAUCUACACUGAGCUCUACAUCACAGAGGGACAGAGUGAAGAGGUUAAUACCCAACAUGAGGUGGUGCAGCUGGAGACAGCUUCCAAGAAGAAGACCCUCCAUGACGCUCCAAUCAGGUGCCAGGACAUCUUUAAAGCCUUACCUGACCAACAGAGACACAUCAGAGUGGUUCUGACCAACGGCGUCGCUGGUGUUGGAAAAACCUUCUCAGUGCAGAAGUUGACUCUGGACUGGGCAGAGGGCUUGGAAAACCAAGAUGUCAGUCUGCUGGUUCUGCUUUCGUUCAGGGAGCUGAACCUGAUCAGAGAUGAGCAGUACAGUCUUCUCACGCUGCUCCAUGUUUUCCAUCCAACAUUACAGAAGGUCACAGCAGAGAAGCUGGCUGUCUGUAAAGUUCUGUUCAUCUUUGACGGCCUGGAUGAAAGCAGACUUUCACUGGAUUUCAACAACAGGAAGGUUGUGUCUGACGUCACACAGAAGUCAUCAGUCAACGAGCUGCUGACAAACCUCAUCCAGGGGAAUCUGCUUCCCUCGGCUCUGGUCUGGAUAACUUCCAGACCUGCAGCGGCCAAUCAGAUCCCUCCUUCAUGUGUUGACAGGGUAACAGAAGUACGAGGCUUCACUGACCCACAGAAGGAGGAGUACUUCAGGAGGAGAUCAAGUGAUGAAGAGCUGUCCAACAGAACCAUCUCACACAUCAAGACCUGCAGGAGCCUCCACAUCAUGUGUCAAAUCCCAGUCUUCUGCUGGAUCACUGCUACAGUUCUGGAGCACAUGUUGACUACAGAGCAGAGAGGAGAGCUGCCCAAGACCCUGACUGACCUGUUCUCACACUUCCUGCUGGUUCAGACAAAGAGGAAGAAGAACAAGUACCAUGAGGGACAUGAGACGAGUCCACAGGAGCUGACGGAGGCUGACAGGGAAGUUCUUCUGAAGCUGGGGAGGCUGGCGUUUGAACAUCUGGAGAAAGGAAACAUCAUGUUCUACCAAGAAGACCUGGAGCAGUGUGGUCUUGAUGUGACAGAGGCCUUGGUGUACUCAGGAGUUUGUACAGAGAUCUUCAAAAGAGAGAGUGUGAUCUUCCAGAAAACAGUCUACUGCUUUGUUCAUCUGAGCGUUCAGGAGUUUCUGGCUGCAGUCUACAUCUUCCACUGUUUCACCAACAGGAAGACACAGGUACUGGAGGACUUCCUGAGAGAAGACAGCAGUUACUCAUUGCUGGAAAUCUGCCUGAGGAGAGCCAUGGAGAAAUCCCUCAAAAGUAAAAAUGGUCACCUGGACCUGUUUGUUCGCUUCCUUCAUGGCCUCUCUCUGGAGUCCAACCAGAGACUCUUAGGAGGUCUGCUGGGUCAGACAGAGAACAGUCCAGAAAUCAUCCAGAGAGCCAUCAACAACCUGAAGAAGAUGAACAGUGAUAAAAUCUCUCCUGACAGAAGCAUCAACAUCUUCCACUGUCUGAUGGAGAUGAACGACCACUCAGUUCAUCAGGAGAUCCAAGAGUUCCUGAAGUCAGAGAACAGAUCAGAGAAGGAACUCUCUGUGAUCCAGUGCUCAGCUCUGGUCUACAUACUGCAGAUGUCAGAGGAGGUUCUGGAUGAGUUGGACCCGAGGAAGCACAACACAUCAGAGGAGGGACGACAGAGGCUGAUCCCAGCUGUGAGGAACUGCAGGAAGGCUCAACUUUAUGACUGUGGACUCUCAGAGACUCAGUGUGAAGUUGUGGCCUCAGCUCUGAAGUCCAACCCCUCCCAUCUGAGAGAACUGGACCUGAAUGGAAACAAGCUGCAGGAUUCAGGAAUGAAACUGCUGUCUGCUGGACUGGAGAGUCCAAACUGUAAACUGGAGACUCUGAGGUUGGAGUCCUGCAGGUUGACAGAGAUCAGCUGUUCUUCUCUGGUCUCAGCUCUGAAGUCCAACCCCUCCCAUCUGAGAGACCUGGAGCUGGGUAACAACAAGCUGCAGGAUUCAGGAGUGAAGGAUCUGUGUGGUUUUCUGCAGAGUCCAGACUGUAGACUGGAGACUCUGGGGUUGAAGUCCUGCAGUUUGUCAGAAAUCAGCUGUUCUUCUCUGGCCUCAGCUCUGAAGUCCAACCCCUCCCAUCUGAGAGAUCUGUGGCUGGGUUUCAACAACCUGUAUGAUUCAGGAGUGAAGGAGCUGUGUGGUUUUCUGCAGAGUCCAGACUGUAGACUGGAGAAACUGGGGUUUGUGUCCUGCAGUUUGUCAUGGAUCAGCUGUUCUUCUCUGGCCUCAGCUCUGAAGUCCAACCCCUCCCAUCUGAGAGUUCUGUGGCUGAGUCUCAACAACCUGUAUGAUUCAGGAGUGAAGGAGCUGUGUGGUUUUCUGCAGAGUCCAGACUGUAGACUGGAGACCCUGGGGUUGGAGUUCUGCAGUUUGUCAGAGAUCAGCUGUUCUUCUCUGGCCUCAGCUCUGAAGUCCAACCCCUCCCAUCUGAGAAAACUGGACCUGAACUUCAACAAGCUGAAGGAUUCAGACCUGAGAGAGCUGUCUGAUCUUGAGAAGAGUCCAGACUGUAGAUUGGAUAAUCUGAGCUGGAGGAGUUGGUGAUCUUCUUAAAGGUGAAAGGCUGAGACUGGACCAUGUUACUGGGAGGUAGAGUGGAGAGGAGAGCUUCAUCCAGCAGUGACUGACAGAGGAAUCAGAAGAAGCAGUCUGAACUGAUCUGAGAACAGCUCCACUGUCAGACACAGAGUCCAGUCCACCAUCAUCCCUGUGUGUUCCUCUGGAUCUGACAGAGGAAAAACUCACUAAGACAUUUUCUGAAAAAUCAAUUGUAAGUUCAGAUAUAGAUUUGGAGACAGAAACAGACAGUGAAGGUGUCUCCUGGAUCUUCUGUCAGUGUCUGAGAAACCCUAAUUUCCAUUUCCAAAGCAAAACUGAAAGGGCGUAGGCUGAAGCUGGAGCUUUUUUUAACACCUACCCUCUUACCUUACAAUUAGAUAUGUGACUAAUCAGGUUAAAGACAUCCACAGGCACAAGUUUUUAAUAUCAUCAUUAGUGCUGUCACAUUUGUUUUUAUAUUUCCAUAAUAUAUUUCAUGAUUAAACUAUGCUUAUAAAGUUUUUUGAAUCUAUUGGGAGUACUACAUGUUUUAAUUUCUUCAGAGCAAUCAUUCCAUAGUUUCACAUCCCUGACAGACAGACAGUCAUACAGUUGUUCGUGUCUUAGGUUUUUUUUAAUAUGAAUGUUCCUCUCAGAUUAUAUUUGCUAUUUCUCAUUUUAAACAACUUCUGGAUACUUUGUGGUAACUGUCCAUUUUUAGCUUUGUACAUGAUUUGCAUUGUGUUGUAAUCUACUAAGUCUCUAAAGUUCAGUAUGUUUAGUUGAAUAAAAAGUGGAUUUGUUGGUUCUUGAUCGGGUUUUUGCUUACAAUUCGUAUGGCUUUUUUAUUUGCAGUAGAAAAAUAGCGUCUGUAUUGGUUUUAUAUGUAUUUCCUCAUACCUCUACACAAUAAGUUAUGUAUGGGACUAUGAGUGAAUAGUAUAGUGUGUAUAAUGAUAUUUUACUUUAUACAGUAUUGCAAUAGAUUUUGACAUUUUUGCUUUGACAUGAUUUAUGUGUGAUUUCCAACUUAAUUUACUGUCAUUUAUUACUCCUAAAAAUUUAGUUUCAAGCACUGUGUCGAUUUCAACUUCAUCUAUUUUAAUCUCCCUGUGUGCAUUUGGUCCCCGGUUUCCAAAUAUUAUACCUUUGGUUUUACUUGUGUGUAAAGAUAGUUUAUUAAAGUCAAACCAUUUUUUAAUUUUCUGUAGUUCCUUCUCUACUGUAUCCAGAAGUUGUUCCAAAUGCUCCUCACCACAAAAUAUAGUUGUGUCAUCGGCAAAUAAUAUACAUUUCAAUGUCUUCGAGACCAAGCAUAUAUCAUUUAUGUGUAAAAUGAAAAGCAAAGGUCCAAGUAUUGAGCCCUGUGGCACCCCACUCUUAACAUUCAAAAGAUUUGAAUUUGUGUUGUUAAUAUGUACAUACUGUUUUCUAUCUUCCAGAUAACCUGUUAGCCAAUCAUGGGCCAGUCCUCUGAUACCAUAACCUCUGUAUUUUAGAUAAUAGUAAUUUAUGAUCAAUAGUAUUGAACGCUUUUUGUAGGUCCAGAAAAAUUCCUACUGUGAAUUCAUUUCUCUCUGUAGCAAUUGUUAUCUGUUCAACAAAAUCCAUUAGUGCAAAUAUGGUAGUCUCUUCCUGAAUCCAUAUUGUUGUUUGCAGAGUAUUUUAUGUUUGGAUAUGAAAUCAUUUAGCCUUUUAACAAAUAUUUUUUCUAAAGUGAGAUAGGUCUAUAACUGUUUGGAAGUAGCGUGGGUAAUUUCUGUUUGUUUUUUUCUUUUUUAUAAUUUCAUUUAAAAUCCCAAGAUUUCUUGAUAUUAGUCCUGUUUUUCUCCAGUAGUUUACUGUAAUACAUUAUUUUGUUAUAUUUCAAAAUACUAGUUAGUUUAUUUUUGUAAGUCUUGUAUUUGUUUUUAGCUUCUUUUGUUCUAACUUUGAGAAAUUCCUUAUAUAAUAGAUUUUUCUUUUUACAGGAGUUUUGUAAUCCCUUUGUUAUCCAUGGUUUGUCUGUUUGUUUGUUUUUUCCCACUUUAACCACAAGAAGACAGUGUUUAUCAUACAAUUUUGAUAUGAUGGAAAUACAUUUUUCUUAAGGCUCAUCCACAUCUUCAACAUAAAUUUCACUCCAAUCCUGGUUAGUUAGGUCCUCCCUAAAAUGGUCAAUAGCAUUUUCAGUUACGCGUCUUAUGAAUCUACUGUUUUCUAUCUCAUCACUUUUAUCUAUGCUGGAUUCAAAGGUUACACAAACAGGCAAAUGAUCCCUAAUAUCAUUUAUGAUUAAACCCAGUUAUCUUUCCUUUGAUAACAUUUGUAAAUAUAUUAUCGAUGAGUGUUGCAGUAUUUACAGUUAUCCUGCUUGGGUGAGUGAUUAAAGGGUACAAUCCCAUGCAGAACAUUGAAUUUAAUUUUUUUUUAUUUGCAUAUGUCCAUGUGGAUUUAAUAGGUCAAUACUAAAAUCUCCACAGAUAAAAACCCUCUUGUUAUUGAUUGAGUUGUACAUUUCUGACAAUUUAUCCUUGAAUGUAUCAUUGUUGGUUCCUGGGGCUCUAUAUACAAUAUAAUAACAUAUAUAUUAUAUUGUUUGAUUUCUCUAAUUUAAUUUCAACUGUCACACAUUCCAUCACAUUAUCCAUUGCAAAUGACAUCUUUUUAACGAUUUCUCUAUGGAUGGAUGAUUUAAUAUACAGUGCAACCCCCCGAUUUGUAGUAAAUAAAUCAUAUCCUUCUGUUUGGAUCAUGGCAGUUUGUUCUUCAUUUAACCACUAGUUGGAUGGAUUCAGUUCCCGUCAUUUGGGUAAGAUGGUAAAACCUUUGUUAUGUGUUCCCAUUCAAGCAUAAGAGUCACUAUGUACUUCCAGUGUCAACCUGUAAAGUGUCUGUGAAUAAAACUCAAAAAAGUAAACAUG